GUUAGAAAUCACUUUUCUUCAACCAUCUCCAUUAAUGAAGUUACUGUUUGUUUCCCCAUUUAUACUGGAACAGAAAUGCUGUUUCUAGCCACUCAUUCAUUACCCCCAAUAUCUCUAAAAUGGAUAAUAUACAAAACAAAUUCAAUUUCAUUUCCGCAGUACUAGUUUUCUUCUUCUUAUGCCUUCUCUUAUCUGAAUCGGUUUUCGCAGAAGAUUCUACAUUUUCUGUUAUUGAUCAAGUUGUAGUACAAAAUCAUCGUCCCCAUGCCCGUUCUAUCUCGAAGUUGUUCGUUUUCGGGGACUCUUACGUUGAUACUGGAAAUAACAAGAUAUUUACAGGUGAAUCAUGGAAGUUCCCUUAUGGUAUGACUUUCCCCGGUAUUCCGACUGGUCGUUAUUCCGAUGGACUUGUCUUCACUGAUUUUCUUGCAUCAUUUAUGGGAAUGAAGUCUCCAAUGCCUUACAAACAGUGGACCGGGUUGUUCAAAUGGAGGGUAAGAAAUGGGAUGAAUUUUGCUCAUGGCGGUACCGGCGUAUUCAAUACAUGGAUUAAGGAACCAAACAUGACCACACAGAUCAAUACAUUCAAACAGUAUAUUGCGGAUGGAGUGUACAACAAAUGCGACCUUGACAAGUCUAUGGCCAUUGUUGUUCUCUCUGGUAAUGACUACACACAGUAUGUACUUGAUGGUGGCACUGACGAGGGAUUUCGAGCAUUUAUUGUAAAGGUCUUGAAUCAAUUGGAGGUGAAUCUAAGAGAAAUUGGGAAGAUAGGAGUGAAGAAAGUAGUAAUGCUGACUUUGCAACCUCUCGGAUGUCUCCCUAACAAGGCAAUAUCUGUAUCCUACGAAAAAUGCGACGAACCUCUGAACAAUGAGACAAUUUUUCACAAUACGUUGCUGCAGCAGAUUGUUCAGAAGCUCAACAGCAAAACAACUGAUUCUCCAUUUCAUGUUCUUGAUCUCUAUAGCGCUUUCCUGUCUGUGAUCAAUAAAUCUGCUGGAGAAAGAGGAAGCGCCAAGUUUGGGAACCCAUUGUUGAAGCCUUGUUGUAUACCUGCAAGUGCCGAGGUUUUGUGUGGGAGUGUUGAUGGCAAUGGGGUGAAACAAUACACAUUAUGCGAGAACCCAACUGAUAACAUAUUUUGGGAUCCAGUGCACCCUACACAGGCUGGUUGGCGUGCAAUCUCCUCAGCUUUGAAACCUUCUAUUGACAAAUUAAUGCUAAGCGACCAGUUGAACAUCCACCCACAACGUCCCUCCUUCUCUGCCUCUGUAGCUACUUUUAAAAUUUAACUUUGCUCUUUGUGUAACUCUGCUUGGCGUGAAUUACGUGUUUUGUGGGAACAAUGUACACAUCUACUUUGGUGUUUGAUGCAUUCGGUACUUGAAUGUUGUACGUGUAGUGUUCCCUCUUCAGGUACUGUCGAAAAUAUAAAUUACUUAACUAUUGAAAUUGGAAGAGCAA